CUCUGGUUUAUAGAUAACUACUAAAGUAACUAAUAAUAACUAGCUAUGACGAACUAUACUCUAUGCCGGUAGCCUCUAACUAUCAGUUCUUAAGUUUUGCUUGAUUCGCAUUCGCAUCAAGUCACUUACAAAACGCGGAAUAACAGACUUAUCCCGAUAGAAGCAUGCCACGACGGGCUAAACCCCUACAUACCUAGCUACAUAAAGUCUAAGAAAACCCCAGUUAUAGCCUGCGGGGUGGACUGUAGCACCUUUCGACGGCGAAUUUCGGAUUCGCCUGACUAGAUGUUCAGCUUGAAAUACUCCGAUACGGCCGUCCUUACUAGUAGGAUUUAUCGGAUUCAAAAUUGGACCGCUAGUCCGAAACUUUCUUCAUAUGGAGGUCAUCUAGGAUAGUCUAGGUAGCUUAAACACGUACGUUAGCUGACACGAUAUGCCUAAAUAGGUGACGCGCCGGAGAUGCGCCACUCUGCGUUAAGGGUUAAAUCCAACCUUACAUUAACUCCGGGUCGAGCUGAAGAGAUCUAAUUUUCAUAUGAAAGGCGAUGCUGAGUGAGAAGUUACAUGACUACAAUUUUUAAAUCCCAUAUAGAUAUCUAGCGCGUCUGACCUCUUGGUCUUUCCCCUACCAUUUUCGCCAUCCCAUGAUUUUCUUUUCCCGAGUUCUCUUUAGAAGAGGACCUGCGAUAUCCCCGACACGAUUCCCCAAGAUGGCCUCGACAGGAGGAGCUGCUGUCGCCUUCUCAAUGGCAACGUAUUAUAGUACCGUCACGUUGCGCCCGCCGCAACCAACUGAAGCGCGAGAAUUCGACUCCAAAGCUCACCAUGUUAAAAAUCGCCAUGGCGAGACUGUGAAAUUCCGGAACCCGCAUCCUUCGUUCUCUUUCCCCGGCCAACUACAAAUACUGGAGAUGACAGUAAAAGCGCUUACUGGUACAUUAAAUUGGCCGAAGCCGAGCACUGAGGAUAAACUUGUUCAAGUGAUAAAACCAGAAUUUCUACCAACGCGCACGUCAUCUUCAAAGCUCCGCGCCACUUGGCUGGGCCACUCUUGCUACUACGUAGAGUACCCGUCAGGGCUACGCGUGCUAUUUGACCCUGUCUUCGAAGACUGCUGCACACCUGUCAACCUUUCUAGGUUUAAGAGGUAUACCGAGCCACCAUGUAGCAUCGCCGAUUUGCCUUUCGUCGACGCCGUUGUUAUUAGCCAUAGCCACUACGACCACUUAUCAUACCCGUCCGCCAAAGAGAUCCAGCAACAUCAUCCUAAUGCGCACUUCUUCGUCGGGCUAGGGUUGGAGAAAUGGUUCAAGGAGGGCGGAUUCAAUAACGUGACGGAGUUAGAUUGGUGGCAAGAGGCAGAAAUAACAUUAACGCCGCAAUCUGGUAAGGGCGAGGCGGAGACGAAGAGCGCGAGUAGUUCAGACCUGCCAGGGCCAAUUAGUGCGAAGAUAUUCUGUCUUCCCUGCCAACACGCCUCCGGCAGAGGCAUCCUGGAUCAAAACAGCACGCUAUGGGCAUCAUGGGCCGUUACCUCAGGCGAACCAGCCAAAUCCGUCUGGUUCGGCGGCGAUACCGGCUACCGCGCUGUACCCAAAGUACCCGAAGGCGCAGAUGACUACGGCCCAGAGUACCAACACCUACCCGUGUGUCCCCAGUUCCGAGAGAUCGGCUCGAAAUUCGGCUCGUUCGACCUCGGCCUCAUCCCCAUCGGCGCGUACCACCCGCGACAUCUGUUCUCGGGCGUGCACGCCAACCCAUACGACGCCGUGGAGAUCUUCACCGAUACCAAGUGCAAGCGAGCGAUGGCGGUCCAUUGGGGCACUUGGGUGCUGACGGCUGAGCCGGUGCUGGAGCCCCCGCAGUUGCUGAAGGAGGCGUUGAAGCGGAAGGGGUUGGCGGAGACGGGGGUCUUUGAUACGUGUAGUAUUGGUGAGAGUCGCGAGUUUUGAGACGCUUGGGUAGUUGUCUUGCUCCCCGACAAAGGGAUUUCGACGUGUUUUACUACAUGUUUACUUAUACAAUAUUGUAUGUAUAUGCGGGCAAAGGAAGUAGAAUAUGGCGUUUGGAGUGGUGGUAGAAUAAAUCAGGCUGGGGGAAUAGAAACCUUUUAUGAUAUACGAUUCUAGAUUACAAUCUUCUCUCGAAAUAGAAAUAAGGUCAAAAGGGCCGGUAUAAAUUACAUGC